AUGGAAUUUGAAAUUGAAACCGGUCAGCGUGGUUCACAAAUUUGUAUUUAUAAUUCACAUCGAUAUCGGCAUAUCAGAAACAAUAAAAAAGGUUCAGUAUCAUGGCGCUGUAUCAACAAGGAGUGUAGUGCUGCGAUAUUAAUUGAUUCAAACAAAUUUGUGAUUGAAAAAGGCCAACAUGAUCACGAACCACAUCAAAAUCUAGAACAACAAUGUAUUCGUGGCAUGAAACGUAGAGCAGAACAAGAAACAACUGCAAUCCCGAAAGUUUAUGAACAAGAAAGUAUUAAAUUUUUCAUGCAAACUGGAGGUAUACUACCAGUAUUUAAUUCAGUACGAUCGUCACUAUAUCGAUGUCGUAACAGUAGUCUUCCGGUCAUACCACAUAAUUUGACAGAAUUCGAUAUACCGGACGACUGGAAGAAGGAUAACCUCGGCGGUGAUUUUCUUCAGAUAAAUGUUGGUACAGACGCAAGGCUUCUUGGUUUUGUCUCGCAAUGUGGUUUAGAACGUCUCGCUGAAGCAAAACAUUGGAAUGCCGAUGGUACAUUCUAUACUGCACCACGUCUAUUUUCACAAGCAUAUACAAUACAUAGUCUUACAGGUAAGCUUUGGGUCGGGACUUGA